UACCGCCACCUGCUGGGUUGGAGUGUGGAACGACCAUGCAGCCCAGAGCAGGAGAUGCGUGAGAGGCGGGUUUAAGAAAAGGGCUGUCCUAAAUCUGAGAUCCAUCACUUCACAAAGGCAUCAACCAUCCAGCUCAAGUUGUCCACUUAAUAGCAACCGGGAGAUAACCACCCCGCAAGAUGGCCCCAAUCUCCAUCAAGACUGUUUUAAUCAGUGAAAGUGUUGACCGUCGCUGCAGAGCAAUUUUGGAGGAAAAUGGCAUCCGGGUCACUGAAAAGCAGAAUAUGAAAAAGGAUGAACUAAUCGCUGAGCUCAAGGAUUAUGACGGGCUGGUGGUUAGAUCCGCAACCAAGGUAACAGCUGAUGUUAUCAACGCUGCCAAUAAUCUCAAAAUCAUUGGGAGAGCUGGGACCGGAGUGGACAAUGUGGACGUCGAUGCUGCCACCAGAAAGGGUGUUAUUGUCAUGAACACACCAAGUGGUAACACGAUCAGUGCCGCUGAGCUGACAUGUACCCUGCUGAUGAGCCUUUCAAGAAAUGUGCCUCAGGCUGCAAUGUCGAUGAAACAAGGGAAGUGGGAUCGUAAAAAGUUCAUGGGUACAGAGCUGUAUGGAAAAGUGCUUGGAAUAGUUGGACUUGGAAGAAUAGGAAAAGAAGUUGCCUCAAGAAUGCAGUCAUUUGGCAUGAAGACUAUCGGCUAUGAUCCGGUCACUCCACCUGAGGUGUCAGCCAGCUGGGGGGUGGAGCAGAUGACACUGGAGCAGCUUUGGCCCCAGUGUGACUAUAUUACUGUCCACACUCCGCUCAUGCCCUCCACUGUUGGUCUUCUUAAUGAUGAAACAUUUGCUAAAUGCAAGAAAGGAGUGAAGGUCGUAAACUGUGCACGUGGGGGCAUCAUCGAUGAGGCUGCUCUCCUUAGAGCUUUGGAGUCCGGACAGUGUGGAGGGGCAGGACUUGACGUCUUUGUUGAGGAACCACCUAGGGACCGCUCACUGGUGGAGCAUCCCCAUGUCAUCAGCUGUCCUCACCUUGGAGCCAGCACCGAGGAGGCUCAGGCACGCUGCGGGGAGGACAUCGCCCUGCAGAUUGUCAAUAUGGUGAAGGGCAAGAACCUAGCUGGAGCGGUAAACGCACAGGUUUUGGCCAGCACGUUCUCCAAGGAAUCUCACCAGCUAAUCAAACUAGGAGAAGCCAUUGGAGUCGUGCUGCAGUCAUGCACUUCUUCUAAGAAACCAUUCAGCCAAGUCCAAGUUACCACUCAAGGUGAUUGCAUGAAAUCCUCCACUGGGUUCAUGACUUCAGCAGUACUGGUUGGAUUGCUGAAUCAUGAUUCUGGCUGUUGCCCAAACCUUGUCAACGUACUGAGCCUAGCCACAGAGUCUGGAAUCGUGGUAAACCAGGGCCACUGUGGGUCUAACGGGGCUCCCGAUGGCGUGUGUAGGGUGGAGAUCGUGGCCAACGGCAGCAGCUUCAAAGCAAGUGGUUCUCUUCAAGGUGAAGUGCCAGUCUUGCUGGAGCUGAGUGACAGUGUGUUUAGACAGCCGGUCUCUCUCACUGGGAAUCUGCUGUUCUUCAAAGCCUCUGCUAGUCCUCAGCUCCUGUCCUCAGUGGCUGGUGUGCUGGCCACAGAGGGAGUGGAGAUUGAGUCUUUCAGUGCUCCCACAGACCACACUGGGGAUCUGUGGUAUUGUGUGGGAGUGUCCUCCCUCCUGCAAGACCUCAGCGCAUUGAGGCCUUUAGUUAAGGAGGCAGCACAAGUCACCAUGUAAAUGACAGCAGCCACACCUUAGAACAGUGCUGGGGCAAUAUUUGGUAUCUGAAAAUGUGAAGAUUCUCCCAGCACUGUCUAAUACGAUGGGUCCGUCUUGGUUUCAUUGUUUACAACUAACAACUUGUUUAGAAGUUGAACCCUAAAAACUUGUAUUUUAAUAUCAUCCCAGUGUUUAGAUUAAGAGCACUUUGUUGAAGUAAAACUGAAUUAAAUGUUUUCGUGUUGUGUGCUGUUCACUUUGUUGUCCGGCCCUUUGCAACAGAGAUGUAAGCUAAAAUGCACUAUUAAAAACUGAAUACAGUUUAUUGCUAC